UGGAGAUUCCGUGAUGUUUCUGAGAGUUUUAUUGUGCCACUGCAUGAACAUUUUCACAUGCAGGUCAAGUUAAAAGUAAACAAACGGCUGCAUGAGUGCCUGAAAGAGUGAAUGUGUCAAUGUAUGCAUGGUCAGGCUGGGCUAAGAUAAGUGUGUGUUGACAUCAGAUAAUGAUUUGAUAUCAGCCCUGAUCUUUGUUUUUCAAAGGCAUGCACCAUGCUUGCAAAAAGCUCAGGGUUCUGCAUUAUUGACACGUUGACAGGCUUGUUUUGUCAAAGUGUUUCCUCAUGAGGAAAAGCACUGUUUUGAAAUAUGUGUGUGACAACAGGGAAGGAAAAAAAACCCCACCUCCUGGAGCCGUUAAACUCACCUGUUCUUGUCAAGACUUGUACGAUCCGUUCCACCCUUCCUGUAACACAAUGUGAAAACAAGACGUUCAUGAAUUUCAAAAGACCUUUGAACAUAGAUUCUGUCCAUCUCAGUUCUCGGUGUUAAUAUGGAGUUAUGCUAUGUGAUGAGGUUAGAUAGAGCCAUGUACUUUUGACCAGGAAACAAAUGUUCACAUUUAUACAAGCUGCCAUCAUGUGAAGUGUUUGUGCUCCCCCUGUACACCUCUUACCCUCUUAGUUUCUUCCUUUCUCCCUCCUACAGUGACGUGUGUGUGUAUGUGUGUGUGUGUGUGUGUGUGUGUGUGUGUGUGUGUGUGUGUGUGUGUGUAGCCUGUUGUGGCGUGUCCUUUCUCCUCAGCCCCACGGAGAGAGAAAUCUAACUGUAGCUCUUUCACACUUCACUGCGGGACUCUAGCAGUUUGACUUCCAAAGCAACAAUGCAGCCUACUUCAUGAGCUCCACUCACACUGGCCUGGAGGAGAGACAACAACUUACCCACACUGCCUUGUAGCACUGAGCCCCUCCUUUUUACACUUUAAAAUUUACUUGUUUUGCUUAACGGACAAGAGGAACAUGUGUCGGAUCAAGCUGCAAAGCUGCAAAGAGACUGAGGGUGGCUUACAAAAGAUGGCUUCACACGGUUCCUGGUUCUUUGAAGAGGCAGCCUACCUGAAUAAAACCAAGCUAUAUAUCUCGGUAUGAAGGCGGUGUUGACUGGAGAAGAAAAGUAACGUAGUGAGGCUGAGGUUGCAAAGCGCGGGCAGAAUUUCAAUACUUUACAGUGUGACCAUUUGAGAGACUAAGAGUGGCCUUGUGCUGUAGCAGAGACUCGAAGAGCUAAGGACAUGUUGCUCCUCCUCAUACUGUCUUUUUGGGGUCCAGCUGUAUUGACUUCUGGCCAGGUUAGGCCUUUGUACGGCACACCACGGAAAACAUUUACUCUGAGCAGUAACAGAGGACAUGUUUUUCGAGAGGAGGGAGUGUGGAACUACUCCACCAUGCUCCUGAGGGAAGACAUCGGUGUGCUCAUCCUGGGCGCUCGAGAGGCCAUCUUUGCCCUGGACCUCGCUAACAUCACCCACAAGAAAUCUAUGGUAAAGUGGGAGGUGACUCCAGAGAUGAGGAAGACUUGUUCAAACAAAGGGAAAAAUUUGGCGACUGAGUGUCAGAACUACAUCCGGAUCCUUCAUAAAAUGCCAGACGGCAGGAUGUAUGUGUGCGGUACCAAUGCUUUCAUUCCAACGUGUGAUUAUAUGUCUUACACAGACGGCAUCCUGGCUCUGGAAGGUAAACAACUUGAUGGGAAAGGAAAGUGUCCAUUUGAUCCUGUCCAGAGAUACGCCUCUGAACUUGUUGAUGGAGAGCUAUAUUCUGCUACAUUUAUGAAUUUCCUGGGCUCAGAACCGGUUGUGAUGCGAAGCUUAAAUGACACCAUACGAACUGAUUUCUUGACUUCCUGGCUCAAUGAGCCCAUUUUCAUUGGCAUGAAGCACGUGGCUGAAGGAAAGGAAAACCCACAGGGGGAUGAUGACAAGAUUUACCUCUUCUUUAGUGAAACAGCUGUGGAAUACGACUCCUACACUAAGCUGGAAGUGUCAAGGGUGGCCCGCGUCUGUAAGGGGGAUGUGGGAGGACAGCGGACAUUGCAGAAGAAGUGGACAUCAUUCCUAAAGGCUCGUCUGGACUGUCCUCUCCCUCAAACCAAACUGCCUUUCCUCAUGCAGGAUGUGUUCCUCUUCUGCCCAGGCGAUUGGACAACCUGUGUGUUCUAUGGAGUCUUCACUCCUCAGAUGGACAUGUCGCAGUACUCUGCAGUGUGCGCCUACAGGAUAGAAGACAUCACGGAAGUGUUCUCUGAAGGCAAAUUCAAAACACUGCACAAUGAAAAUUCCAUUCCAAAAUGGGUGACAUACCACGGAGAUGUGCCUGACCCCCGUCCCGGAGCUUGUAUUAACAAUGACGCAAGGCAGAAAGGGUUUUCAAAGUCCUUGGACCUGCCUGAUAAAACCCUUCAGUUUAUCAAAGACAGGCCACUGAUGGAUCAGGCAGUGAAGCCGCCUUCCCAGCAACCCCUACUGGUGAAGAAAGGAGCUGCGUUUACAUGUAUAGUGGUGGCCAGCACUACUGCCCUGGAUGGGAGCAUCCAUCAGGUCAUGUUUAUUGGCACAGCAAGUGGUUCAGUGCUGAAAGCAGUCGACUAUAACGGAAAUAUGGUGAUAAUAGAGGAGGUGCACCUCUUUAAGCAUUCUGAGCCAGUGAAGAUACUGCGCCUCUCCACCACCAUGGGUCAGUUGUAUGCAGGCUCAGAGGUGGCAGCAGUGCAGAUGCCACUUAGUACGUGUGACCAUUACACCUCCUGUAUGGACUGUGUGCUGGCCAGAGACCCCUACUGCGGCUGGGACCUCAUCUCUAACAGCUGCAUUGCUAUAAACAGCGCUCGACCAGAUACACAUGGUGAGGUGGUUCAGAGUCUGAGAGAUGGAAAUGCUACACGUUGUCCUGCAGUCGAGAGCACUAAGACCAUUAAACUCUUCCACCCGGGUAACAUGGUCAGGCUACUGUGCCAGCCGGGAUCAAACCUGGCCCGAGUGCAGUGGCGUGUAAACGAUCACCCAGUUGAAAACUCCAACAUGUACCACAUUCAACACAACACCCUGUUCAUCCUUAAUGCCUCGGACAGCGAUACCGGCCACUACACCUGCACCUCUGUAGAGUCCUCCAAUGGCAAAGACUAUGUCACCAAAAUUGCUACGUAUGAGCUGAGGCUGUGGAACAUUCAGAUGGAUGCUUCGGUCCAGCCGCAGGUGCAGGAACAGCGGAACACCCUCUUGGCCCUCCAAGCUGUAGUCACCAUCCUAAUGCUGGUAUUAGUGGCGCUUGUGACAUGGAACUUCUACAAAGGGCAUAUCACCAUCGCGAGAUGCUUCAAUAAAACUGAGGAAAGCCCACGGAGUAUGUCUUCCUAUUAGGAACCACUGCAAACAGUAGACAGAAAUAAGGCAGCAGCAACAGUAAUAAUAAUCAGAACAGAAUAACUGGAUUCUCCUUCAGCAUAAUGGACAUAAAGAGUUGUAGAGAAGUUUGUUAUUUAUAUACCUUAUUCUGCAGACCCUCACAGACAAAUCCAAUAUAAUACAGUUCCUUAGGUCAAACCACACACUCUGGAUUGUUUGGAGUUUUAAUACAGACUGAGACUGUGGACCUUUUGCAGAGUGUUUUCCAGAAAUAGUUUUAUUAUACAUGUUUCAUUACUUAGUAUUAUAGUGUGCUUUCAGUAACACUUUAAAGCCCUAAUGCACUGAAAUGGUUUUAAGUACAGCAUGCUUUGUUGUCGAUUUAAUAAAAAAAAGUCAAGCUGCCAAAUGGAUUUGAAGAUGUAUUGAAGAUAUAUAGACUACUAGACAGGAUUAUAGAAUCAAACAUCCAUAAGACUUGACCAUAAUCCGUGUUCUGUUUUUUUUUAAUGCUAUAAAAAUAUAUUCAGUGGAUGAGAAUGACACCACCACCAGUUUGCACCAGUUUUUAAAUGAACAAAUCAGUCGAACUGUAGCUAAAUUUUUUUUGUGAAGGUCUCAGUGCACAUCUGGAGCCCGUGCACGUCUUUUCAGAUAGAUAUUUCUUUCAACAUCUGUGCCAGAAAACAUAUUUCACACAUCCAGACCUCUACGCUGUACUUUUAAAAUGUGUGCUGUUCAAACUUGCAGCUUCUGAAGCCUCCAGCUUCAGAGCUCAGUUGCCAGUACAAUAACUCACUGAAGCUUGCAGAACUUACACCGCUCUUAUUGCUCACUGUGUAACGUCUUUGAAAUUCUAACAUUCUGUGAGGAAUUGAUUUGUUUUCGGAUUAAAAGAAACUGUGAAUUUG